AUGACUUCUUCAGCAGAGGCACAGUUGAGUUACGUUCACGGUGCAUCGACGGUGCCUCUGAUCUACGAUACCAUCGGAGAACGACUUCGGAAGGCGGCCAGAGAGGUAAACAUAGCAUUCAAGUUGUUUUUUUCAUAUUACCAUUCUAAUAACAAUACCUUUAUUGCAGAAUCCAGACAGAGAAUUUGUAAUCUUCAGAAAAGAUGGAAUCCGGAAAACUUAUGAAGAAGUCCUUGAAGAUGUAAGUAAAAGUUGGCAAAACAAUUGCUAUUACAGUUUGGGUACAACUGUUUUUGCACUUUUCGUAGUUAUUUUUGGUUACGUAACAGAUCAAGGAACGUUUCCUCUUAUCUCCGUCCCUUCUGCAAGUAAAUAUAGAAUGCCCCCUAACCUUAAUUCUUUCGCAAUUUUUUUUUAUUUCUUGAAGGAUUAAAUUGAUAAUGACAUAAUCUCUAAAGAAACUAUUUAAAAAUGACAUACGAAUGUUGCGGAAGUCAAGUAUAAUCUAAAAUUAUUUCAGUGCGAGAAGCUAGCCCUUGGUUUGAUUCACCUCGGUCUGGAUAAAGAAGAUCGUGUGGGGAUUUGGUCGCCCAACCACUACGAAUGGAUCGUGACCCAGUUCGCGGCGGCUCUUGCCGGCCUCAUCCUUGUCAAUGUGAACCCCAUGUAUCACUCUGAGGACUUGGCCUAUGCCAUCGACAUGGUCGGGAUCAAGGCUCUGAUCGCCCCUCCGGCGUUUAAACGGUCUCAAUAUUACAAAACUCUCUGCGAAGUCAUUCCUCAGCUCACUCGAAUGCCCGAGGGCAGAAGCGGUCUACAGUCUGAUGAGUUCCCCAAACUAAAGCAUAUUAUUAUUUUUGAUGGUGAAGAUAAAGCCUACAGGUAGGCAGAGUACGCCUCAUAGAUAAAACUGUAUUUGUACAGAGGCGCCUGGCGAUUCUCGGAUGUCCAAAAAAUGGGCACGGAAGAAGAUCGUCGCCGAAUGUCCCAACGCAAUGUCCAACCCGAUGAUCCCGCCAACAUACAAUACACUAGUGUAAGCAGUCAUGUUCAUUCGUAUAAGUCGAUUACAGGGAACCACUGGCAAACCAAAAGGAGCAACUCUAACUCAUCACAACAUCAUGAACAACGCAUAUUUCGUGGGUCGCCGAGCUGGUUACCACGAAGCCCGGACCAUCAUCUGUAUCCCCAACCCCUUGUAUCACUGCUUUGGCUGUGUGAUGGGAUCUCUGGCAGCCCUUAUGUUCAAUCAGACCUGUGUUUUCCCAGCUCCGUCUUUCGAAGCUGGAGCAGCUCUCCAUGCCAUCGCUGAAGAGAGAUGUACUGCGUGUUAUGGGACCCCUACCAUGUACAUCGACAUGUUGAAUCAUGAGGAUUACAAGAGCCUUGACUGCUCUUCCAUCAGGUCGGGGAUUGUGGCUGGAGCUCCAUGCCCUGUGGCAUUGUGUGAGCGGCUUGUGAACGAGCUGGGAAUGAAAGAUCUUCAAGUUUGUUAUGGAACUACAGAGACAAGUCCGGUCUCAUUCAUGAGCAUCCGAGAAGACGCUCCUCUGGAUCGGAUCAAGAACGUUGGGCACAUCAUGGACCAUUUGGAAGCCGUAAUCAUCGAUGAGAAUGGCGUUUGUGCACCUCGAGGACAACGUGGAGAACUUCUAGUCAGAGGACACAGUGUAAUGAGAGGAUAUUGGCAAGAUACUGAGCAAUCCCGAGCGAGUAUCACGGCUGACAGAUGGUAUCACAGUGGAGAUAUUGGGGUUAUGCAUCCAAAUGGAGCUGUCUCCAUUGUCGGACGAUCCAAGGACAUGAUCGUGAGAGGAGGAGAGAACGUUUAUCCUACAGAAGUCGAGCAAUUUCUGAUGAGACAUCACGCUGUAGAUGAGGUUCAUGUUAUUGGGGUCCCUGAUGAUCGGUUUGGAGAGGCUGUUUGUGCUUGGAUCAGGGUAAAACGAGAGGCUAUGCAUCUGAAUGUGAAGGCUGAUGACAUCGUCGACUUCUGCAGGGGAAGAGUAAGUUUUCAUUCUUUUUUGUUCACAACAAUAAAACAUGAUAAAAAAAGUAUUGUGUUAUCAUUACUCUAGAUUGCACACUACAAGAUCCCCAAAUACAUUCUCUUCAAAGAGAAACACGAAUUCCCCAUGACCGUAACCGGGAAGAUCAAGAAGUUCGAGAUGAAAGAGAAGUCCAAAUGGGAGCUCGAACUCCAGCACGUCCAGUCUCACUUCACUCAACUCGGCCAAUAA